CCGGCGUUCUGCUGCCGAGGACAGGAUCCUCCCGCGCCAGGCCCGGAGGCCGCUGCGCACACACCGCGACUGGAACCGGGGACGCGCGUCCCGACCCGGAUUAUCGUGGCGCGGCUCCCGGCCGGCCCUGCUGCUCGCUACCCCUCCGCCGCUGCCGCCGUCCCCCUUCCCGGCGGGGGACAUGGCCAGGGUCUGACCCCGGAGGAGGCCGCACCCGCGCCGCACUCUGCGGCGGGCUCUAGGCGAUGCCGAGCAGCUCGGACACGGCGCUGGGGGGAGGCGGGGGCCUGAGCUGGGCCGAGAAGAAGUUGGAGGAGCGCCGCAAGCGGAGGCGAUUCCUGUCCCCUCAGCAGCCGCCGCUGCUGUUGCCGCUCCUGCAGCCGCAGCUCCUGCAACCGCCGCCGCCGCCGCCGCCUCUGCUCUUCCUGGCUGCCCCCGGCGCGGCCGCCGCCGCAGCCGCCGCCGCCGCGGCCUCCUCCUCCUGCUUCAGCCCGGGCCCCCCUCUGGAGGUCAAGCGGCUGGCGAGAGGCAAGAGGCGCCCCGGAGGGCGGCAGAAGCGGCGCCGCGGGCCCCGCGCCGGGCAGGAGGCGGAGAAGCGCCGGGUCUUCUCGCUGCCCCAGCCGCAGCAGGACGGCGGUGGCGGUGCCAGUAGCGGCGGGGGUGUGACCCCGCUGGUGGAGUACGAGGAUGUGAGCUCCCAGUCCGAGCAGGGGCUGCUGCUGGGGGGCGCCAGCGCGGCAACGGCGGCGACGGCUGCCGGGGGAACGGGGGGCAACGGCGGGAGUCCGGCCUCCUCCUCCGGCACGCAGCGGCGCGCGGAGGGGUCGGAGCGCAGGCCGCGCCGGGACCGCCGCAGCAGCAGUGGCCGCAGCAAGGAGCGCCACCGCGAGCACCGGCGGCGGGACGGGACGCGCAGCGGCAGCGAGGCCUCCAAGGCCCGCGGCCGCCACGGACACAGCGGCGAGGAGCGGGCCGAGGCCGUCAAGAGCGGCAGUAGCAGCAGCAGCGGCGGCCGCCGCAAGAGUGCGUCGGCUACGUCUAGCAGCAGCAGCAGCCGCAAGGACCGGGACCUCAAGGCCCACCGCAGCCGGACUAAGUCGUCCAAGGAGCCGCCCUCGGCCUAUAAGGAGCCGCCCAAGGCCUACCGAGAGGACAAGAGCGAGCCCAAGGCCUACAGGCGGCGGCAGCGGUCCCUGAGCCCGCUAGGAGGCCGGGACGAAAGCCCGGUGUCCCACAGGGCCUCGCAGAGCCUCCGAAGUCGCAAGUCUCCCAGCCCGGUGGGAGGUGGCAGCAGCCCCUAUUCCCGGAGGCUGCCGCGCUCUCCGAGUCCCUACAGCCGGCGCCGUUCGCCCAGCUACAGCCGCCACAGCUCCUACGAGCGGGGCGGCGACGUGUCCCCCAGCCCGUACAGCAGCAGCAGCUGGCGGCGCUCGCGCAGCCCCUACAGCCCAGUGCUCAGACGCUCUGCCAAAUCUCGAAGCAGAAGCCCGUAUUCAUCUAGGCACUCAAGGUCUCGUAGCAGGCACAGAUUGUCUAGAUCAAGAAGUCGUCACUCAAGCAUUUCUCCUAGCACACUAACUCUCAAGAGUAGCCUGGCAGCUGAAUUGAACAAGAAUAAAAAGGCACGAGCUGCAGAGGCAGCAAGAGCUGCAGAGGCAGCAAAAGCUGCAGAGGCAGCCAAGGCUGCAGAGGCAGCUGCCAAAGCUGCGAAAGCCCAAAAUGCAUCUACCCCUACCAAGGGGAACACAGAAACUGGUGCCUGUGCCUCACAAACCAACCAUGUAAAGGAUGUGAAGAAACUUAAAAGUGAGCAUGCACCUUCUCCUUCAAGUGGUGGGACUUUGAAAAGUGACAAAGCAAAAACAAAGCCACCCCUUCAAGUAACAAAGGUAGACAAUAACUUGAUUGUAGAUAAAGCCACCAAGAAAACAGUUGUUGGGAAGGAAAGUAAAGCUGCUGCUACAAAGGAAGAACCAGUAUCUACUAAAGAGAAAACCAAGCCACUCACACCAAGCGUAGGAGCCAAGGAGAAGGAGCAGCAUGUGGCUUUAGUGACCUCUACAUUACCACCAUUACCCUUACCUCCUAUGCUGCCUGAAGAUAAAGAUGCUGAUAGCUUAAGAGGCAGUAUUUCUGUAAAAGCAGUUAAAAAAGAAGUAGAAAAGAAACUCCGAUGUCUGCUUGCUGAUUUACCGUUGCCCCCUGAGUUACCAGGAGGAGAUGAUCUUUCUAAGAGUCCAGAGGAGAAGAAAACAGCAGCUCAGUUACACAGCAAAAGAAGGCCUAAAAUAUGUGGGCCUCGCUAUGGUGAAAUCAAAGAAAAAGAUAUUGACUGGGGAAAACGCUGCGUGGAUAAAUUUGAUAUCAUCGGAAUUAUUGGAGAAGGUACUUACGGACAAGUUUACAAAGCCAGGGACAAAGACACUGGAGAAAUGGUAGCCUUAAAAAAAGUACGUCUGGAUAAUGAAAAGGAGGGCUUCCCAAUUACAGCAAUUAGAGAAAUUAAAAUUCUUCGGCAACUCACCCACCAGAGUAUCAUCAAUAUGAAGGAAAUAGUGACUGAUAAAGAAGAUGCUUUGGAUUUUAAGAAGGACAAAGGUGCAUUUUACCUGGUGUUUGAAUAUAUGGACCAUGAUCUGAUGGGACUACUGGAAUCAGGCUUGGUUCAUUUUAAUGAAAAUCAUAUAAAAUCUUUUAUGAGACAGCUCAUGGAAGGCCUGGAUUAUUGUCAUAAGAAGAACUUUUUGCAUAGAGAUAUUAAAUGUUCAAAUAUCCUUCUAAAUAAUAGAGGACAGAUAAAACUUGCAGAUUUUGGACUUGCUCGUUUAUAUAGCUCAGAAGAAAGUCGACCAUAUACGAACAAGGUCAUUACUUUGUGGUACCGUCCACCUGAACUACUCUUGGGAGAAGAACGAUAUACACCAGCUAUUGAUGUAUGGAGCUGUGGAUGUAUCCUUGGUGAACUCUUCACUAAAAAGCCUAUAUUUCAGGCAAAUCAGGAACUUGCACAGCUUGAGCUAAUAAGCCGUAUAUGUGGGAGUCCUUGUCCUGCAGUGUGGCCUGAUGUAAUCAAACUGCCAUAUUUCAACACCAUGAAACCAAAGAAGCAAUAUCGGCGAAAGUUAAGAGAAGAAUUUGUUUUUAUCCCUGCAGCUGCGCUCGACUUAUUUGAUUAUAUGCUUGCCUUGGAUCCCAGUAAGCGGUGCACUGCUGAGCAGGCUCUUCAGUGUGAGUUCCUACGGGAUGUGGAACCCUCCAAAAUGCCUCCACCAGACCUUCCUUUGUGGCAAGAUUGUCAUGAAUUAUGGAGUAAAAAGCGAAGAAGACAGAAACAGAUGGGCAUGACUGAUGAUCUUUCCACAAUCAAAGCCCCCAGAAAGGACCUGUCUCUGGGCUUAGAUGACAGCAGAACUAACACACCCCAAGGUGUGCUACCACCUGCACAAUUGAAAUCUCAAAGCAACUCAAGUGCAGCACCUGUAAUAACAGGCCCUGGACAGCCGUUAAACCACAGUGAAUUGGCAAUUCUUCUAAACCUACUACAAUCUAAACCAAGUGUUAAUAUGGCUGAUUUUGUCCAAGUGUUGAACAUUAAGGUAAACUCUGAGACUCAACAGCAGCUAAAUAAAAUAAACCUUCCUGCUGGAAUUUUGGCAACAGGUGAAAAACAGACAGAUCCAUCAACACCACAACAGGAGUCUUCAAAGUCACUGGGAGGAAUUCAGCCUUCACAGACCAUCCAGCCUAAAGUGGAAACUGAUGCCGCCCAAGCUGCUGUGCAGAGUGCAUUUGCAGUUCUCUUGACUCAGUUAAUAAAGGCUCAACAGUCAAAACAGAAAGAUGUCAUGCUAGAAGAGAGGGAAAAUGGAUCGGGACAUGAAGCUCCUUUACAGCUCAGGCCACCUCCAGAACCUAGCACUCCGGGAUCUGGGCAAGAUGACCUCAUCCAACACCAGGACAGGAGAAUAUUGGAGCUGACACCAGAACCAGACCGGCCUCGGAUUCUGCCUCCUGAUCAACGACCUCCUGAACCUCCUGAACCACCACCAGUUACUGAGGAGGACCUGGAUUAUCGGACAGAAAACCAGCAUGUACCCACCACUAGUUCUUCACUAACUGACCCUCAUGCUGGAGUGAAGGCAGCCCUCUUACAGCUGCUUGCUCAACACCAGCCCCAGGAUGAUCCCAAAAGAGAAGGUGGUAUUGAUUAUCCCACAGGAGACACGUAUGUGCCCACUUCAGACUAUAAGGACAACUUUGGAUCUUCUUUCUCUGCCGCUCCUUAUGUUAGCAGUGAUGGUCUAGGAAGUAGCUCUGCUGCCGCACCAUUGGAACCACGUAGUUUCAUUGGAAACUCAGAUAUUCAGUCCUUGGAGAACUACAGUACUGCUUCAUCUCACACUGGUGGUCCACCUCAAGCUUCUGCCUUUUCCGAGUCAUUUCCCAGUUCAGUAGCUGGAUAUGGAGACAUUUACCUCAAUGCUGGUCCCAUGUUGUUUAGUGGAGACAAGGACCAUAGAUUUGAAUAUAGCCAUGGUCCUAUUGCAGUCCUCACAAACAGCAACGACCCUUCCACAGGGCCAGAGAGUACUCAUCCCUUGCCAGCAAAGAUGCACAACUAUAACUAUGGUGGUAACUUACAGGAAAAUCCAGGUGGCCCUAGUCUUAUGCAUGGGCAGACCUGGACUUCUCCUGCCCAAGGACCUGGAUACUCACAAGGAUACAGAGGACACAUUAGCACAUCAGCUGGCAGAGGUCGAGGCAGAGGGUUACCAUACUGAGUAUCUGUUUUUCCUCAGGCACAUCAUUUUUAUCUGGAAAGACUUUUCUAGCUGCAAUUUCAGGCAGCAAUCCAAGAGACUUGAAUAAUAUUAAUUCAACAACAGCUUUAUUUUUAUGUGGAAAAGGGUCUUGCAUACAAUAGUGAAAAAACAAAACAAACAAAAAAAACCUUUGCUUAAAUUCAUGCUGUUCUUAAAACUAGCUCUAUUGAUUGUACAUCGUCACAGAUUUUAGUUAACAGUUUCCUUUUGUAUUCUUGCAGUUUUAAGUGGAUGCUAACAUUAGGGACGUAAUGUUUUUAUGGCCCUGUUGCAGAUCUUCUGAACUAUGCACACUUGUGCUUUUUUUUUGUAAGUUUGGACCAACUUUUAUGUAACAACCAACCCCUUCCCUCACCCUUCCAGUUUUACAACAAUCAGAAAGGGCACUGAUUUAUUUGGUAUUUUCUUUUUAUGAAGCUACCUUUAGUCAAAGGUCACUGUCAGUCUUUGCACCUGCUUUCAGUGUUAUUGUGAAAGGUGUACUUUGUGCUCAUUUCAGAAAAUAAAACACAACCUUUCUCUUGA